AGUACCCGGCCACGUUCGACAGCCUGGACCUGAAGGAGCUGCUGUCGGAUGAAACUCGAGUCCAGGAUGCGAUGCGCUGCCUGCUGGAAGAAGGAGACGCAGCGUGCAGACCCGCCGGGAAGGCGCUCAAGGAGGUGCUGCCCGAAAUAGUGCGUACAGACUGCGCCAAGUGCACUGAGACACAGCACAAGAAGAUCGGAGGUUUCUUCGGAGAGGUCUCGCGCCGCCACCCAGACCUCAUGAAGAAGCUGCUGGACAAGUACGACCCAUCUGGAGAAUACAGGAAGAAGUACGCCAAGUCCUGGGCCGAGUACAGCAUCCACCACUAA